AUGGCACAAGACAUGCCGAAAUCUCCUUCGACUUAUCGUGAUGCAAUGGGAGAACUUUUGAAGUACCAACGGAGCAAUCUAUGUUUACUUCUUUUGACCAACAUCCUCGAGACAAAGAGGAUAACUAUCAACGGUCCUGUGCCAAAUCAAAAGGCGAUGUUAACUUCUAUUUAUGUAGAUCUUCCACCAAAGGGAAACAAGAUGACUAAAAGCGAGAUUGAUCAUCAAGUAAUGAACAACUACGCAAUGCGAUACCGCAUGUGCUAUGCACGACUAGUUAUGGUUUAUUUCUAUGUACAUAAAUCGAAGAAAGAUUCUCAAUGGACGGACAUCGACAAGCGAUUGGCUAUCCUAAGAGGUUCAUCAUGCGAGUUCCAACAACACCAUUCAACACUUGUCCUGAACCGAGACUUCCAGCUUUUCUCGCACAAGAGGGACUAUAAGACCAUGAACCGAGAAGACUUCUCUGUUCCUACCCUCGAAGAGGUUCAAGAUUCCGUCAACAGUGGAAUCGUCCCCGCUCUUCUCAAAUAG